CGUUGCUCGAGUUUGUCGUUCCGAGUCGGUGAGAUGGUUAUCGUCGGCCGUGGAACCAUUUCUAUGUUCUGAAAAGUGUUUUGCUUUGUGCUAGUGUUUCAGUCGUGAAGAAGUGUAGUCUACACAGGAUAGUCACGAUCAAAUACCCGUGAAAAUGGCAAGGUAGGUACCGGACGGUGCAUUGAUUUUUCACGGUGAGAUGUGCGUUGCGGACGGACACGGAGCAGUUGCCGAUUAGGUGUGUUUGACAUUCGCUUUGCUGGGGACCUGCCGGGACAGCAGUUUGUGUUUUGAGGCACUUAUGACGAAUUUUAAAAGGUGAACCGACGCAUCGACAUCGAGCACGUCCAGUAAAUCUCAGCAACAGAAACAUUGCUUUGAUAUCGGUCAAUCGAUGACGGAAUAAUGAUGAAUUCCGCUCGACAAAAAUCACAAGCAUCACUGGAUACAUCAUCUAGCGAAGACGACCUCAUUGACGACAUCUGUAUCGAUGACCAAGAAUUGAACGACAUAGAUGUACCUUCCCGUAAGCCUCACUUUCUCGACUAUGAUGCAAUUCCGCCACCAGAAUUCGAGAACACUACUUUCGCGGGUGCACAUGGCGGGCAAAGAUCAAAUCAUAAAGGAGCAGAAGUUCCUUCAUCGUCAAGACAGCUCACUUCCACUUUAGUAACCAGUCAAGAACAGUGCAGAUCGUUGGGUGAAAAUGUAAAAAUGGAUAAAAAGUAUGAACGCGAUGGAGAAAUCAGCGACUAUGAAUUAGCUGCAAGUGGAUUUACUAAAAAGGAGAUAUUCCCACAGAGGAAAUUGUCGUAUGAUAACGAACGCAAUGCUGGAGCGAGAAGGAAGAAACACUUUCUAGAUGAAAAUCCCAUACCGCCUGACUACAUGAUGGAAAAAGAUCAACGAGAACAUAGGAGUUUAGACAGAUGUUUCGACAGGCAACAGACUGAAAAUGACAGUUUGCGAUAUGGUGGAAGAAAACAUUCUCUCGAUCGUGACUCUCUUCGGAGCUCUCGUAAAAUGAAGGACUCGAAUUCUUCACUGUUUCGUAACAUUGAAACGGAACCAUCCUCCCUUUCGCCAGCACACCGCAACAAUUGGCCAACGGACCGACCCAUAGAAACUGCAAAUAUUUGCUCAACAUCUCAAGACAAUCAACUCGCAUCUAAUAAUAAGGUUGAAUGCGUAUACACUUUGCUUUCAAUGCUUGGCUCUCAAGAUCCCGUUGAAAUGUCUAAAAAGCUCUUAGAACUCUCUCGAACUCCAGAAACGUGUGCUACACUUCGUCAGUCAGGUUGUAUUCCCUUGCUUGUGCAAAUGAUGCACUCUGAUAGCGACGCUGGUACACGAAAGCGAGCUGCUUCCGCACUACAUAAUAUUGUACACUAUCAACCAGAUGAUAAGACUGGUAGACGCGAAGCAAAAGUCUUACGUUUAAUCGAACAUAUAAUGGAGUAUUGUGGAUUCUUGAAAACAUUGUUGGCAAGAAUUGGAGAAACUGUGGCUGAUGAUCCUGACCGGCAUCCAUUGGCAGCCGUUUCGAGCCUAAUGAAAGUAAGCUUCGAUGAAGAGCAUCGACACGCAAUGUGUCAAUUAGGCGCCUUACAAGCAAUAGCAAAUAUUUUCCACCUUGACCAUGCCGUUCACGGUCCAAAGCCCCAAUUCACAUGUUGCAAUUCACUCAGACGAUACGCUUUGAUGGCUUUAACCAAUUUAACAUUUGGCGACGGGAACAAUAAAGCUUUGCUCUGUGCUAAUCGUGAAUUCAUGGAAGCGUUAGUUGCUCAACUCGAUUCGGCUCCAGAUGAUCUCCUGCAAGUGACGGGAAGUGUUUUGAGGAAUCUUUCAUGGCGUGCAGACAACAACAUGAAAGCUGUGUUGAAUGAAAUUGGAACUGUUACCGCUCUAACAAAGGCAGCAAUGAAAAAUAAGAAUGAAAACACUUUAAAGUCUAUAUUAUCUGCUUUAUGGAAUCUUUCAGCGCAUUGUAGCACGAAUAAGGCGGAGUUCUGUGCAGUGGAGGGGGCACUAGCUUUUCUUGUCGACAUGUUACAGUAUGAGGGCCCCAGUAAGACUUUGACUAUUGUCGAGAACGCUGGUGGAAUACUAAGAAAUGUUUCUAGUCGAAUAGCAGUUCGGGAAGAUUAUCGCGUAAUAUUGAGGCAAAGGAAUUGUUUGGGAAUUCUUCUGCAACAACUAAAGUCAGAAAGUUUAACUGUGGUGAGCAAUGCUUGUGGCAUAUUAUGGAAUCUAUCGGCACGAGUUCCUGAAGAUCAAAAAUUCUUAUGGGAUAAUGGAGCUGUACCGAUGCUGCGAUCGCUUAUCCAUUCGAAACAUAAAAUGAUUGCUGAGGGAAGUAGUGCAGCACUAAAAAACCUUCAAAAUUACCGACCGACUGCUUUAAAUCAAAGUACUAUAGAUCCGAUUGCAAGAUCGAUGGGCUUGAAAGAGCUACCGACACUCAAUGCCCGUAAACAGCGAACAUUAGAACAAGAGCUUAAUCAAAAUUUAUCGGAAACCUAUGAUAAUAUUGAUGCUGUAACUCCUCCUAAAGAGAAGAAGGAUUUUCUUGUUACGACGGAAGUUGGGAAACAUUGGAAUAAUACCAGGCUGACAAAAUCUGCGAUGGUUUCGAAAAGUGAGAGUCGUGAUUCAAUAGUUUCGGCUAAAUCAGAUUCUGUUUAUGAAAAGCUUCGACGAGGGUGUUCAGCACCACCGGACCAUGGAGAUCUAAUCGAUCAAGAGACUGAAUACCCUAUUGACUACAGUGCCAAGUACAAUAGUGAAGUUGUGGAAAACCAAAUUGAAGAUACAGUAAAAUGCUAUGAGACUGAAGGAACACCUUAUAUUAUUUCAAAUGCUGCGUCGGUUAGUGACUUAAGAAAUCCUAAAGUUGAAGAGCAAACUACAGUUCCAUUGACAAAAGACAUUCGACAAAAACAAGAAGUUUUAGAGACCAAUGCAUUUGGUUCAGGAAUGUACACUCCAGAAAAACCUGUGAAUUAUUGCGAAGAGGGAACUCCUGGAUAUUUUAGUAGAUAUGAAUCAUUGAGCAGCUUGGAGGAAUCCCCUCAAAAUCCUACUGUAUUCGCUGGCACGAAAGUUAAACCUGAAAUUGUUGAAGAGGAAACUUCAACUGAAAUCGGAAUAUGUGCUGGCGGAACCGGAAGAAUUUCACCGAUUUUACAUCAAGCAGAACCAGAAAAUCCAGUGGAAUUACCACUUCCUGCUUCUCCGAUUCGUGACACAAUUUCUCAACCUGUAGCCGUAGUUGAACCUGUUUCUCAAUCUGCACCAGCACCAAUUCCAAUAAACUCUGCUCAAGAGACUCCAUUGAUGUAUAGUAGACGAAGCUCGAUGGAUUCAUUGACAAGUGUUGAACCGAAUACAGCUGACGAUAAGAGCUCGGUUGUGAGUGAUUUCAGUCGUAUGGCAAGCGGGAUCAUAUCACCAUCAGAAAUACCUGAUUCACCAACUCAAUCGAUGCCCCAAUCGCCGCGCCGUAAUAGCAGUGUUAAUCCUCCAUUUGUUACCGCGAGCAUUCAACAAAAUAGCACUAGUCAGCCUUCAGCACAAAAAUCCACAUCGAUCGCACAACAAUCUCAACCUCUGCGUAGUGUUUUCGAAGAUGAAGUGAAUAAAUUCCACGUGGAAAAUACUCCAGCUCAAUUUUCUUGUGCUACAAGUUUAAGCAAUUUGAGUUUAGAGGACGAGCCGCAUAUCAUAGUUGAUACGGCGGAUGUUGAACACAACGAUCCCGAGAUGAAUCCUCAAGUGAAUGGCGUUGGAGAGCCACAAUAUGAAGUAGAUAAACCAGCUCCUGAAAGUUCGACUUCAACUGAUGGGGAAGAAGGAUUUGCGGACAACGCUCUUCUCGCGAGUUGUAUCAAUAUGGGGAUGAACAGAGGAUCGCCCUCUACGAAGCGACCUCAGUCUGUUAUAAGUCAAAAUGUUCCGAUCCCAAAAGAAGCAACAUUCAAAGAAUACACGAAUGAGGAUGAUUUUGUGAAGUCUUACUACACUGAGGACACACCGGCAGUUUUGUCAAAAGUUGGCAGCAACUCGAAUUUGAGUGCUCUGUCGAUUAAUACGAAUAAAGACCAAAAUGUAAAUCUCUCAGAUGAAAGCUCGGUAUCAGACGGGAGCAACGAUUUACUUGAGCAAUGCAUUCGCGAAGGAAUGCAGAAAUCUUCUUCAAAGGAACGAGUUGCUUCCUCAACGAUGCCAUCGAUUCCAGUAAAGGAUCCAAUCGCAAUGCUGAGAUGCGGUGGAUUACCUCCAUAUUUGCCAGUACGAGACGAAAUGAACAAAUUUGUUGUGGAAAAUAGCCCAUGUACUUUCUCAGUGUUAUCUGGAUUGUCGGGAUUAACCGUUGGAUCUGGUGUUGCAGGUCCUGCCAACAUAAAAAGGGUAGCCGAAAAACCCGUCGAUCCUGCAAAACCAAAAGAUCAAGGACAACGCCAAACAGCCGAGGAUUCGUUAAGUUCGAUUUCAAUGGAAUCAGAUGAUGAACACAUUUUGAACCAGGCCAUUGCUGCUGGAUGUAAUAAAUUACGUCGAGAUAACGGAAAUGCCUCGCUACGUAAAGUUGAAACUGGCAUCCAAAACAUGCAUAUUGGCAAUUUAAGAGAUGCAAAUGAUUCACUAAGUUCAGUAGAUUCUAGUGAUUCGAAUGAUAAUCAGGCUAAGACACUCUUUGAACUAUGCGUUCGAGCCGGGAUGAACAAACAAAGAAAACCCGAAAGACCAGUUCCGAAGCAGAUCAAUAUCCCGAAGCAAUCCCAGUUGCCUGUUAUGCAUACAACCAGUAAAACGCCGAUGCAGGUAGAACGGGAUCGUCGAAAGGAAAGGGAGCAAAGAGACGAGCAGCUUCUCAAAGAAUGCAUAAAUAUUGGCAUUGCAUCGAAAUGUGGACGCUUGGAACCUGAAAUUCGACCUCCCACUCGUCACGUUAAACCGGUACUAGCGCCGACUGAAUUUGGUCAGCGAUUCGGAGCUGCUAAUGCAGUUGCACCUCCAAUGGGAUUGCCACCGUCAACGAUGAACGCAUCAAUUCCAAAAAACGGGGAGACUACGUCUGUGGCUGUGUUGGAACAACAACAGCAGCUGGAACCUACCACAUCUUACAGUGCCCCCAACACAGCUCCAGGCGUAGGGAUGAAAGAGUCUCCAGACGGCACAAGCACCGAGUUAAGAAAUCUCAAGGCAAUCCAGAGAAGCGAUCAUCAAACUCGAAUCGAAAAUUUACUGAACAUAACUGGGUCUGAUCUCUUGGUUAGUUCUAAUGGUAGUUUAAAUCUAUGCGAUAGUAACUGUGCACUGCAGCAAUCAAAUGAAUAUCCCGCUCUGAAACUAAGCAAUAUCGACUAUAACGAUGAUUCUGUGAAUGAAUCAUCUUUCGAAAUGGAAAUUUCAAAUGAAUUUCUUAUUGAAAAAGACGACAUCGAAGCAUCAUCAACGGCUACCACACAGCCGAUCCAUGAUAAGCAUAAGGAUCCCGAUCUAAUGUUGAAGUCGGUGGAGCGUUUGACACUGGAGUUAGUUUCUACUGCAGAAUAUUUGCGAACAAAUGCGUCAAAUAAUUCUGAAUUAGAAUCAAAUGAAUUUGAUAGCAAUAAUACAAUUUUCGAACGGAAGUCGGGGAGUACAUCAAAUAACACUUGGAAUGAAGACACCUGUCCGAAUGAUGUAUCGUUCCCAAGUGUAAGCAUUACCGCUCCAAUGAUUGCAUCGCUGAAUGAGGAUGAAACAACAAUGAGUGAUAUUUGCUUGAUGAGUAAUCGGCAAGUACUGGUGGACACAACUCCUACGAAUGAGGAAAUAUGUUUCACAUCACAGCAAUGGGAGGGCGGUGCUUAUAAAAAGGAAUUAAAUGGGAAAGCGGCAAAUUCGCAACCGACUUCGAUAGACACUGAAACUGACACUUUGGUGAAUGAUGAAAUCGAUGGCAAUACUUUGGAUAAUGUAGAAGCGGAAGACACAACUCCAGCAAAUGGAAUUCAUUUCCAAGUUGGCGGGGAAGUACAAUCACAACUGGCCAACGGCACAAUUACUCAUCAAUUUGUCUCCUCUGGACCUAUGUCUUUUGAGUCCUGCUCUACUAUGAGCAGUUCAACGAUUAUUGCAAUGGAAGCAAAUAAAUUAGCUCAUCAAUUCAUGCAAAAUAUGGUAGAGAGUACAACUAGUUUAGAUUUGGAUAAUGUGAGACCACCAUCCGGAAUGGAUUGCAUUAGCUUGUCAGGUUGUCCGGAAUCUACACCACUAAGCCCCCAGUUGUCUAGAAUGCGAAAAAAAUCCCUUCCUCCGGGCCUUAUGGCCAAACGGGCGCUUAGCGGGGGCGCGCAAAUGUCUAAUGUGUUAAGUGGAAGUGCAGAAAGUGUAAAUUCAAUAUGUAACCUCUUGGAUAAUAUAAAACCACCUUCACUCAUGGAUGAGCUUUUGGAUUCAAUGAUAAGUGUUGCCAGCAUUCAAUCUGAAAUAGUCGAUCAUACGAUUCAAUCGAAUUAUGAAACAGCUUUUAGUGACAUUGAUGAGAAUACAAUGACACUUCAAAGUUGUAUGGAUGCAAUGUUGCCAACAGACGACUAUGAUGAAUCAAACAACGGAACGCCCAUACCGUCAGACUUUAGUUCUGCUGAGUCUACGCCAAGAAAGAAUCGAACCAACAAUGCUAACUCUGCAUUGGGAGGCGUCAAGAGAACCCUGACACCUAAACAAAAACGACGAAUUAUAAAAGAUCGCUUCAAAACUUACACCAUAGCUGCUGAUUAUGUUUUGAAAGAGAGUUUCACUGGGGAACAAAUUGAACAAUACGAAGAUUGUCAACAACAAAUUCAUUCCGAUGAAGGUGUUCAGGAUGAUGACGAGAUCUUACAAAUUGAAAUUGAACAUGGACUAGAAAGGGAACAGGCAGAAGCCAAAGUUCAAGCUGAUGAAUUAGUUAAUAAUAAUAUAACGAGAUCUGUAAAACGAAGAAGUUUGGAUCCAGAAAGAUACAGGACACGGACAAUUGUUUAUAAUACAGAAACAGAAAGCCUAGCGGAUCCUGCUACUUACACAGUCGAUCAAGAAACCAUGUCUACAGAAGAAGAUACUGAAGAGCUUCAAUGUCCACAACCAAUGACACGUCAAUUUAGAUACAUCACAGAAUCGGAAACGCUAUCACCAAGGAAACACGGUAUAUUCCGUGCUAAAAUACCAGACGAAGAAGCGCAUCGAACUGAAAGUGAUUUCAAUAGCAUAGAAUUUGACCAAAAUUCGGAAACAGAAUCUUGUGAUCAAAAUUUGAAUCGGACCACUGAUGACGAAAUGUCACCAAAACGAUGUUAUGCUAUCCCCAGGAUCUUGAAGCCGUCAAUCUACCAGCCUGCCACAGACGAUAGUGGUGUGGAAAGUGGAAAUGUUCACGAAACUGAAAUAAAGUCAGUUCGUGGGAGGAAGAAACCAGCUUAUGUUUCUCCCUAUCGAAGAAGUGCUGUUUCCGGAGGCAGUUCUCGCACGACCUCUCCAAAAUCCCAAAUAGGUAGCACCACAAUGCGAGCUAAUUUAUCUGCGAAAACCAGUCCAGAUUUGAAAAAAAAUCUGGCAUCUAAGAUCGUCCCGAAAAGCCAGACCACAAAAACACAUGUCCUCAUGAACAAAUCUGAAAUUACUACUAAGGCAAAUAAUUCCGCAGCAAAGAGUCGGCUAGCCCGGCCAGGAUUUGUCAGCAGUGCAACAGGUGGAAAGAAAAACGUUGUUGCUCAAAAGAAUUUGCUUAACAAGCGUAUGACGACGGAUUUGAAAACCCAAAAAAGUGGAGCAGUUGAAACUCCCAAACAAGAAGCAACAGCUGUACUAGAGCGCCAGGGAACAUUUGUUAAAGAUGAGCCCUCUACACCAGAACUUCCUGUCGUAACUUCUUUACCGCCAUCUCCCAGCAAGUCUUCCAAACUACCUACAAAAACUGCUAGCCCUAAACGCGUCAGCCAAUUGACGACACCGAAAUCUCCUGCAAAGACUGCUACUAAUGCUUCCAAAUAUCGAACCCCUGUCCAAAAAAGCGCUAGCUCAGAUAUCCCAGGAAAGUUGACACCAAAAGGUUUAUCUUCAUUGACUCCAAAACCUAAAAAUUUUACAAGCAGCGCGACUGAUUUGAACAGGCGGAAGUUGUCAUUGAUUGGAGUUAAGAAAUCCCCAAGUGUACCAACCGUUCCGCAACGUUCUAAUAGCAAUGCCUCAAUACGCUCGUCGACCACUACAGUUAAUACAGCCGGAACAAAUCCUCCUUCUAGAAGCAACUCCAAUUUAACAACGGCUCGACCUGUAACUAGUAGGAUUGCUGGAAUUUGGAAAAAAACUGAUGAUACUAAAAAAAGCCCGCUACUGUCAAAGCCAGCAACCGGAAAGCCACCAAGUGGGUCGGGUAUUGCUCCAACAAAGCUCAUACGAAGUUCAACCUUUGACAACUCUCCGGAAACUAAACCAACCAAUGUAAGUAAUAUACCAGCCAAGACAACUCCGAAAGCCACAACUACUGGAAUUGCAAUGAGAAGGAAGGAGGAAACAUCCCGAACAGCGCCAGGAUCAACGGCUUCAAAUCUCGUUCUUCGGCGGCAGAAAAUUUCCAGUGGUACAUCUGAAACGACACCAAGCGAUGAUGGAGUGGCGAAACGUGUCUCCCGUCUCGGCACAUUCAUUAAUAUAGAAGGCGAUUGCCAAGUCGCUGGAUGAAAGCCGAUGCGAAAAUUGAGUUACUAAAUGAAUUUCAAGUUUCCAAUAUUUUGAAGAUGGAGUCAGUAAUUUAUAUUUCGCUUUAUUUUGAACUGAAUGUUUUAAACGUGAAUUAUGCAUAGUAAACUUCCCUUAUCUUGAAGGAAGCAAACAUAGACUGGGCGAACUAUAAACAAACUCAACUACCCUCAAAAAUGAUUUACCAAUCUGGAGACCAUGUGUUUCUAUGAACGAUUUAGCUGUUUAUUUGAACUCAAAUCCACCAUAGGAUUCAGCUCGAACGUGAGAACUGCUCCAAAAUUGAUUCGUAGGAGAACCUAUGGUCUAAAUGUAUUUGAUUUGGAAAGUGACGUUAAUUGUAAUGAUCAAAUGUAAACGGUGAUGUAAAAUGACAGGAACUAGAAGUGGUUGUAACGAGGGAUUUAAUAUGUUCACUCAUUUGAUUCUGCAUUGAAAAGUUAGUCAGAAGCAGCAUACACUAAAACCAGAGUUAGAGUAUAUGUUGAAGCAUUAUUCAUAGUUUGUGUGGUUGUCUCUAGGAUAUUUAGAAACAUUCGUAAAAAGCAUUUUAAAAGUGUUAAAAGUUUCGCUAAACGAACAAAUUUCGAAGAUCAGUAACAUCUAGUCUUAUCCUCAUAUUCGAAUUGCAAAUUAUCUAAAGAAGCUUCGAACAAGGAGAUAUUUCUGAUAUUUCUUUAUGUGGGUCAGCAGCAGUAACAUCUUGUCCGGUAGGUAUUCGUCUGUCCAGGUUCCUUUCCAUCAGUAUAUAUUCGGAAUAUUUUAUAGAUUUCUAUAGUGUGUAAGAUAUGCAAUUUGAAUAUUAAGCAAACACUCAUUUUAAAGGAAUCGACAUUUGACCUGAUGGCUUAAAAAAAUAUGCUUAGUAUUUAAGGACAUCUAAGGGGUUUUGUAGCUUCUAGAUUUCUAAAUUGUAUCUAUUUACCAUGUAUUUGAAAGUAAAUGUUUUUAGCCGUAAGCGAAAUGUUUGUAAACUGAUGAAAAGUUGCCUGACACCGCAAUCGGGGAUGACCCAAGUCGUUUGUAUCUCGAGUAACUUCGAAAUGUUGUUCGCUAUUGAGUAAAAAUAUUACAUUUGUCUUUACCAAAGCUCUAUUAUCUUUGAACAUAUAUAUUAUAUAUUAACAUAAUCUUAAGUAUGCAUUAUGGGGAGGAGCGAUUACUCCACACAAUAACAUAGAUUCCUAAUAUGUUUUCUCGCCUAUACAUUGAAGCAACUUUAUGUUUAGCCCACGCUAGGGAAAAACGAUGUUUACCACAAGCCUUGGGGCUUGGAAUUUUGCAUUGCUUUCAAACGAUUUUCGCUUUGAGUUUCUCAUAUUCUAUCAAAUACAUAUACGUGAGCCUCUUACCUAAAAUGCUUUGAGUGAUUUUUGUUGAAAUUAUAGACAUAUACAGAUAUACAGGAGCCUUCGAUUAUAGUUAAGUGAAUUUCGCAUUUUUAAAUCAUGUAUGUUUUGAUUAUUGAAUAGAAAUUGUGAAUUGCAGCGUUUCUCUGUGAACAUUGCAGACUGCAACAUAUACAACAUCUAGUGCUUUCUUUUCAUUUAUUUACCAUUUUAUUUGUGAUAUAAAGAGAAAUAAAAUAUAUGUGAACGAA